AUGGAUCCUAAUACCAAACUUCUACCAAAACAGGGGGAGUCUAUGUUAGAUCCCGAGAAAUAUAGAAGACUAGUUGGAAAAUUGAAUUAUCUUACAAUUACUCAUCCUGACAUUUCCUUUGUAGUUAGUAUGCUAAGCCAAUUCCUUAAUUCCCCAAGUGAAGAUCAUUGGAAUGCAAUUAUUUGUAUAUUAAAGUACAUUAAAGGAUCUCUUGGAAAAGGGUUGUUAUAUGGUUCGAGUAACCAUAUAAGAGUUGUUUCUUAUUCUGAUGUUGAUUGGGUAGGACCUCCUUCUGAUAGAAGAUCUACAUCUGGAUAUUGUGUCUCCAUUGGUGGUAACUUGAUCUCUUGGAAAAGCAAGAAAUAG